GUCUGUCUCGACAUUCAACAACUGCAUAAUUCCAAAUCAAAAUGUUCAAACUCGUAUUGAUCUGCGCUGUUAUUGGCCUCGCUGCCGCCGUGGGGGUUAGUGAUGAGUCGAAAGCCGAAGUCCUUAACCGCAAGGACGAUGUGCGCGCAGAUGGAUUCGACGCCUCUUUGGAGACCAGCAACGGCAUCGCGGCCUCAAAUAGCGGCGAUGAGAAGGGUAACAUCCAUGGAAGCUUCAGUUGGGUCUCGCCCGAGGGUGAGAAAAUCGUAGUGAGCUACGUGGCUGAUGAGAACGGAUACCAACCUAAGAGCGAUUCACUGCCAACCCCACCACCAAUCCCUGAAGCCAUCCAACGCGCUCUGGAAUGGAUUGCUGCCAACCCACCCGCACCUGACCGCAAAAACUAACUCAAACUAACAGAAACUGAACUGGUUGACUAGAUCUUGAAUCCGACAUCCUUCGACAAUAAUAUAAGAACAUACUGAGCAAACAUGGCUUGAGAAUUGUAUACAGAAUAUAUUGAAAAACUCAAAAAA